GAAAAGGUGUUUUUUCGACGCUCUGAGCUGCAGAAAAACGGGGCUUUUUUAAAAGAAAAACUGUUUACUCCAUAGGAUUAUCUUUUAAAACCGACGCUAGCAUCUUCAAAAAAGAAGUCAAGUGUGAAAAACACGGACAGCUUUGUCUACUUGUACUUGUUGAUUUAACAUCAUUUAAUGAAGCACUUCGCGAUAAUGUGCAGUGAUCCUCCUUCCGUUCCGUCUGCGUUCCCAUUUGCUUGUUAUUUGGCGUGAAGUUUGUUUAGUUGGGCAGAGUCUGAAAGUGUGGGCGAAAAGCUUACAACCCUAAACUUGUGAUGGAGCAGACACCUGAUGCUAGACUCCAUGCAUGCUCGGACAAUCCAUUGCGUCAUCGAUCCCCCGUUUUAGCCCCUUUAAAAAAAUCCUGAAUAGUGAAACUGAGAAACUGUUUAACUCCACAAUUCAGUACUACAUACUUCUGAUGAGUUACUGAUAUACAUUACUAACAUCUAUUCUCAGAAUUCACUUUACCCGGAUUUAACACUUUUUUUUUUAUUGCUUUGUCAUAUUUUAGCUAAUCUUGAGGUGCGUAGUGCACCCUGCGUGUUGUGCCGAAUUUUGGCUCCCCGCCAGAUACCGAAUCUCCUCAUUGAAACUGCUGAUGGAUUAGCUGAUUUUAACCCCUCCACCACACCUAAUUCUAAUGUUAGUGAGAAAUGAGGGAGUCAGAAUUUGUCAGGAGUCCUUUUUCGGCACCACAACGGCCCACUAGUCGAGAAAGCACUGGAUAAGACCUAUGACGUAGGUCGUUGCGUCACUGAAAGAACGGCAGCCAAGUGCUAGUGGUCAGACUCGCGCAUCACAGCAGCGAAGCUAAAGCGUCUUUUCUGUAUACCUGCGUAUUCCGUCAUAUUUGACUAUUUAAAAUAAUUUUUCCGUCCUCCAUAAACGAACGGCGGACAGUUUAUUUGCAUAUUGUUAAGAGACGUUGCGAAAGGUUUAAUCCUCUGCUGCAGCAAGCCAUCCCAAUGAUGUCAUCGUAUUACCAUACGGGUAAAGACGUGGACAUGGCCGCGAUGACUGAACCGCUCUGCUUGGAAAGAGAUGUGUGCAGAGUGAUUGAAUUGUUGGAUCGACUACAAAGGAGUGGGGAACUUCCCCCUCCUAAACUCCAGGCUCUACAGCGAGUAUUACAGAGCAAAUUCUGUGCUGCCAUCAGAGAGGUGUAUGAGCAACUUUAUGACACGUUGGACAUUGUUGGUGGGCCAGAGGUGCGAGCCCAAGCCACUGCCAAGGCUACAGUAGCAGCAUUUGCCGCCAGCGAAGGCCAUGCUCACCCAAGAGUGGUGGAACUCCCUAAAACGGAUGAGGGGCUUGGUUUCAAUAUCAUGGGGGGAAAAGAACAGAACUCCCCCAUCUACAUCUCCAGGGUCAUCCCCGGUGGGGUUGCUGACCGGCAAGGGGGUCUGAAGAGAGGAGAUCAACUGCUGUCUGUUAAUGGUGUGAGUGUAGAGGGCGAGCACCAUGAGAAAGCCGUAGAACUGCUAAAGGCAGCACAGGGUUCGGUGAAGCUAGUGGUGCGUUAUACCCCUAAAGUCCUUGAGGAGAUGGAAGCCAGGUUUGAGAAGAUGAGAAGUGCCAGGAGACGUCAGCAGCAUACCAGUUACUCGUCUUUGGAGUCCAGGGGUUAACAAGACUCACCAUCAGUCUGGCGUGCUGAUCCAUUCUCCCACCCUUUCUGCUCCCAUAGGAUGACAGAAGACCCAGAGGAGAUCAGUUUAGACUACCCCUAGAUAUGUUAUUUAUAUGUUAGCGGAAUGAUCUCAACAAAUGUAGACGUAAAUACACUAUUUCCCUGGCCAAGUGCAGGGAGAGUCUGAACAUAGUGCAUCUGGUCCGUCUGAGUCUAAUUUUCUGUUUUAUUCUUAUGGGGAACCUGCACCCUGUGAUAUUCUGGAAGGGGGUGUGUGUCUGUUAGCACAGAAGAGAGGUUUUUAAAUAUACUGGAUAGUGCAAAUAGCAGGACGUAUGUGUAUAUGUGGGGUAUUGUCUUUUACCUUAGAAUGUUGUACAUUAACUAAAUAGUUUCUUCUUCGGUUGAUGUAUGUUUUAUUCAGUUUGUGUUGAAGCUAUGCAUCCCAUUUACAAGUAUUCUCAAUCACAUGUUGUGUAGUCUGUGAAAAUAACAUCAGGAGUACACAAACACAGUUAGAGCAAAAAAAACCUCCUUUCUUAAACAGGUUGUGUGAAUAGGCUACUGUCAUAAAAGUGUGCUGAGUGUGUGUGUUCUUCCAGUCAGUUAGCCUACUCUGUUUGAUGUUUCAAUUUUUGUUUAUUUAUAUUUGUUUAUUCAUGCAUUAAAACCAACUAUUUA